AGUGGGUAGCUGCCAAAAAAUCCAAAUCUCUCUCUUCCCAGUUUUUUUGAGAUCCGAGAAGAUGUCUACGUUCAGCGGAGAUGAGACUGCUCCUUUCUUUGGCUUCCUCGGCGCUGCCGCCGCCCUCGUCUUCUCCUAACGCUCUUUGUUUGCAUUCACUUAAUUUUGGAGGUUGGAACCUAUUUGCUGCAUACAAGGAUCAUAAAUGUUACUUGUUUGGGUUAGGUAUGGGAGCUGCCUAUGGAACUGCAAAGAGUGGUGUUGGUGUGGCUUCCAUGGGAGUUAUGAGACCUGAGUUGGUGAUGAAGUCCAUUGUCCCUGUGGUUAUGGCUGGUGUGUUGGGUAUCUAUGGACUCAUCAUCGCUGUUAUCAUCAGUACCGGUAUCAACCCAAAGGCUAAGUCUUACUACCUCUUUGAUGGAUACGCCCACCUCUCCUCCGGUCUUGCUUGUGGUCUUGCUGGUCUCUCAGCUGGAAUGGCCAUCGGGAUCGUCGGAGAUGCUGGAGUCAGGGCAAAUGCGCAGCAGCCUAAGCUUUUCGUGGGCAUGAUUCUUAUCCUCAUCUUCGCGGAGGCGCUUGCUCUCUAUGGUCUCAUUGUAGGCAUCAUCUUAUCCUCUCGAGCUGGUCAGUCCAGAGCAGAAUGAGAAACAAAACAAAUGUCAGAUGAUGAUUUUUUUUUUUUUUUUUUUUUUGGAACCUUUUGGGGGUUUUUUUUUUUUUUUUUUUUGUGGAACCUUGUGUGGGGCUGCCAUAUAUUCUGCUUCGUUUUGGUGGGUGCUUGAGUUUAGGAUGUUUUUUUUUUGUCUGGGUCGGUAAUAAAAGAGAAGUUGACAUUUUCUGUAUUCUUGUAUUUUUCUUGAGGAACUUGAUGAUAUUUUGUUUGUAAAGAAGUUUUGCUUCUGAAACCAUGUUUGAGUGUUUUAUGAUACU